AUGAGCGACUCGCCCGUCUGUACCGACCCGACAUGCCAAUACGGAUACCGCCCUUCUAUUUCGCUCGGAGUCGUCUUCCUCGUCCUGUUCGCCCUCACGGGCCUCGCGCACCUCGGGCAGGUCCUCUACGCGAGGAGGUACUGGUGGAUGAUGUUCAUGGUUGUCGGCUGUCUGCUCGAGAUUCUCGGUUGGGCGGCACGGCUGUGGGCGCACUGGGAGCCUUUGUCCUUCGACGCCUACGUGAUGCAGAUCUGCUGCCUCAUCAUCGGACCGACCUUCUUCUCGGCGGCGCUGUACUGGGCCGGCGGCAUCAUCCUCGAGCACGUCGCGCGCGACAAGAGCUGGCUCUCGGGCAAGUGGUUCAAGACGGCGUUCCUCACGGCCGACGUCGUCAGCCUCGUCGUGCAGGCUGUCGGAGGCGGCAUGGCGGGCUCGGCCGUCGGGACCAACAACGAGCAGCAGUCGGAGAACGGCAGCAACAUCAUGCUCGCCGGUAUCGUCAUUCAGCUCGCCGUCAUGGUCUUCUACGUCGUGUACAUGGCCGUCUGGUAUUGCCGGGCGCGUUCGGCCGUCACGCAGCAGGGCACUCGCCUCCAGCUCAUGCUCCUCGCCAUGUUCGCCGCCUCGGUCGCCAUCAUCGUUCGAGGCUGCUACCGCACGCCCGAGCUCGAGGAAGGCUUCAGCGGCUGGAUCGCGCAGCAGCAGAUCUGGCAGCUCUUUGACGCGAUUCCUAUCGUGUUCGCCAGCGUCGUGCUCAACGUCAUCCACCCGCACUGGUUCCUUGUCUUCGCCAACGACAGUCGCUAUGCGUCGAGCCGCAACAGCGAUGCGACGAUGGUUCCGAUGACGGGCCUGAGCGGCGACAAGUUCGCGAGCGAGCGCACCUCGGUCUGAGUCGUCGCGCACCCCUUUCUCUCCUGCAUAGACGCUCUCGCCCUCUCGCUGUGCCCAAUGUACCACUAUCGAACCGCAA